GCAUCACCGGUACUUCGCUGCUGCCGAUCUAUAUCUGGCCGUUGUUGUGUCCAGGCGUACAUAACUACCUAUCUUUACCCUCGACAUUAGACAAAAUGUCAAAUAAUUGUGUGUUGCGAGUUGACAUCACGCUAGAUGAGAGUAAUUUAGAGGAAGGGGCCCUGAAAUUGUUGAGUAUAGUGCGGCCAGAAUGGAACCAGGAACAGAUAAAGUUCAAGGUUUUCACAGCAGGCAUCUCCGACAACAAACUCAUAGGGGGCUACCUUCCAAAAGAUAAGUCAGACAUGGUCUUGGUUCGAAUCUACGGCAAGAAGACAGAGCACCUCAUCGACCGGGAGGCUGAGAUCAGGACGCUUGUACUUCUUCACCAAGCAGGAUGCGGAUCUAAGCUGUACGCCCGAUGCAACAACGGUCUGUGCUAUGAGUAUCUGCCGGGAGUCGUUCUGGAUCCAAGGACGGUCAGGGAAGAGAGAAUCUACAAGCUUGUCAUCAAGGAGAUGAUAAAAAUGCACAGCAUCAAAGCACAAGAUGGCGCUGUGACUUCUCCGUGCCUCUUCCGAUUAAUUGAUGAAUGGCUGUCCAUUCUUCCUGAAAAAUUUGAGGAUGAAGAAAAACAGCAAAGGUAUAUGAGGACAAUGCCAUCUCACGAUCAGCUGCGUAAGGAAGUCAGUGAUUUGAAGAGCGCCCUCACAUGUCUAGAAAUGCCCAUUGUAUUCUGCCAUAACGAUAACCUCCUUGCCAACAUCAUUUUCAAUGAGCAGAAAGGUAAAGUUUCUUUUAUAGAUUAUGAAUAUGCUGCUUUCAACUACCAAGCCUUUGACAUUGCGAAUCAUUUCUGUGAAUUUGCAGGUGUGGAGGAGGUUGACUACAACCUCUAUCCCAAGAAGGGAUUUCAGAUGAAGUGGCUGCGAGAAUUCCUGACAGCUCAAAAUACGGCUAAUGGCGUCGAGGAAGAGGUCACGGAAAGAGAUGUGGAAACCCUGUAUGUCAAAGUGAACAAAUUUGCACUGGCAUCCCAUAUGUUUUGGGGAAUCUAUGCCUUGAUGCAGUCUCACCAUCCGACCGUCGACUUUGACUUUUUAGAGUACUCGAAGCUCCGACUGGAUGAAUACUUGCGUAGAAAAGAUGCUUUUUUGGCACUGACACUACCAAAGUAACAAUGGCAACUUGACUUUUUUAGUAGCAACUGCCCUCGGGGUGUAUAGGCGGACACUUUUCUGGGUUAGCCUUCAUUCAAACAUUGUCAAACUGUAUACGACACAAAGAGAGCUCUUGUCAAAUUAAAGAAAGAACAAGGUUGAAUAUCAAGGUUUCGUUAUAUUGCCAUCCCAACAUACGCAGAAGAUGUUGAAGGAUUCGUGCACCAUCGAGGCUAACCCUGACCUUCCCAUCCAUGCUGAUUUGGAAAACCUGCUCAACAUGCGCCUGAAGUCCCGCAAGCCCUUCUGGUCUUCAGUCAAAUUCCUGGAUGACUUUGACCCUGCGUAGUGGCGCGGACUCUUGGCAGAUGUGAACACCAACAAUGGAGCUCUAGAUCAUCACAGAUCCCAAACUAAAACCACCCGGAUUUGACAUCCACAAGCAGUGUCUAACCCUGAACAAAAUCUGCACCCUCCAUGCAAAAAACGCCCAUCAUCUGCAUAAAAAUGGGGGAUGUCAUGGAAGAGCCCUGCUUUGACUGUGGACAUCCAGACCAGACCAUCCAGCACAUCGUGAAUGACUGCCCACUGAGGCAUUUCCCUGGCGGCAUCGAAGCCAUCUACACCGUGACCGAUGAUGCCCUGGCCUGGAUGUCUACCCUUGGCCUACAACUGUAGUCUGUGCAUGCCAUAAGCAAGAAGAAGAUUAUAUUAACCCUAUGAGGUUUAUUUUACUGCAACUC